AACGGGCCUCACGGACCCGGCCCACGUAAACCCUCGUGCUCCCCAUCCGUUCUAGGGUUUCCCUGAUUUAACCCCCCCGCCGCCGCCUCCCACCGCGGCAGCCGCGACUCCUCCCCUACCGCCGCCCUCCCUCGCCGCCGCGACGUCACCGUCUGCCAUGGCGUCGGAGAAGAAGCAGUCCAACCCAAUGAGGGAGAUCAAGGUGCAGAAGCUGGUGCUCAACAUCUCCGUCGGGGAGAGCGGAGAUCGCCUCACCCGUGCCUCCAAGGUCUUGGAGCAACUGAGUGGGCAGUCACCAGUGUUCUCUAAGGCUAGAUACACCGUUCGCUCAUUUGGCAUCAGGCGUAAUGAGAAGAUUGCGUGCUAUGUAACUGUUAGGGGUGAGAAGGCAAUGCAGCUUCUUGAGAGUGGACUGAAGGUGAAGGAAUAUGAACUUCUGAGAAGAAACUUCAGUGAAACUGGGUGUUUUGGUUUUGGAAUCCAGGAGCACAUUGAUCUUGGCAUCAAGUAUGAUCCUUCAACAGGUAUUUAUGGCAUGGACUUCUAUGUUGUCCUUGAGCGUGCUGGAUACCGUGUUGCUCGCCGUCGCAGGUGCAAGUCCCGUGUUGGCAUUCAGCACCGGGUGACCAAGGAGGAUGCCAUGAAGUGGUUCCAGGUCAAGUACGAAGGUGUUAUCCUCAACAAGGCCCAGGCUAAUACAUCUUAAGACCUGAUUUGAUAGGUUUUAGGUCCAGUCACUGCUUGUUAUGAGCGCAGACAAGUUUUUAUUUCACCUAAUGCAAUGCCGGAGUAUAUUAUUUUGCCAAGUCGUUUUGUUUGAGUUCGUUUUGCACUUGGGAGCGUAUAACGCCGGUCACUUGAAAAAAGAAAAAUCCGAAAUCAUGUCUUGCCUUUCA